ACAAGUACUCUAAUUACCUAUUUUUAGCUUUACUGGUCCUGCAGGGCUUAUUUUUCCACCCUAUAUCCUCCCAUCAGUACUUGUGAAUACUGUAACCAAGCAACAGGUGUAACCUGAACUGCACACCUGAGUAAACAAGCAUCAUAGCAACUGAGUCUACCUUUGUCUGGAGCACUCCGUUCAGCAACACCACAAACUGUGAAAAGCCACCACAGACGCUCCUCUGAAGGAUUAUUUCUCACAGAUUUCAGUGAAAAGGAGGGAAUAUGCCUUCUCAUAUCAUGCUCUCCUACCAGUGGGAUGAUCAGGCUCUCGUGAAAAAGAUCUACUACCGUCUCAAAGAGGAUGGUCUGCCUGUGUGGAUGGAUAUCGAAGGAGGGGUGACUGGGAACAUAAAUGAUGCGAUGGCUGCAGGUGUGGAGGAGGCUGUGGUGAUCUGUCCGUUCAUGACUCCAGCCUAUCAGGCGUCUCGAAGCUGUAAGAAGGAGCUGAACUACGCAGACAGUCGGGAGGUGAUCAUAGUGCCGGUCAUGCUGGCAAACAACUGGGAGGCCAGUGAGUGGCUGGGGCUGAUCACUGCAGGUCUGCUGUGGGUGGACUUCAGGAGUGCAGAAGAAGAGGAGCACUUUGAGAUGUGUGUCAGCUCUCUGGAGGAGGAGAUCAUGUUUAAUGCAGGUCACCUCCUGGCCAUAGAAGAACCUCCAUCAGAGCAGGUGGAUCAGCCAGAACCAUCAAAACCACACCUGAAGAAGAAACCUGGCCGAAGGUUUCAUCAUGCGCUCUCAAAGCUUUACAUCUGUGAUUCAGGCUUCACAGAGGUGGAAUUUGAGCAGGUGAUCCACUCGACUGGUGACUCCAGAAACACAGUGGAGCUCAAUGAGACACCUGACGAUCAAAGUUACUGGGAGGAGAUUAAGGGGAGCGGCUGCAAAUACUACAGGAACGCUGUCACCAACAGAUACCUGGGUGAGUCCAGAAAUAAAAGGCAAUGAACAAGAGAAACAGCAGAUAUGUGAAAAAUGUGGUCUUUAUUAAAUGGAGCAAAAUAACCUUCACAUUGUGAGCUAGAAAAAGGACAAUGCUUCUUUGCAUUUCUGUGGGAUUGCAAUUCAUUCUGCAAAUCUAUUGCUGUGCAGGGUUUGAGCCCAGCAGUAACCAAGUCCACUCUGAGGCCAGGCGGUCUGUGUCUGAGGAGUGGCUCAUGUUGGUUGAUCAGACGGACCAGAGCCACCAGAGAGCCGUCAUCAUCAAGAACAAACACUCAGGGAUGUUUCUGGCGGUCCAAGAUGGCUGCUUCAUAGGUCUGACAUCAUACAAUGAAGACUGCAGAUGGUUCUUAGAAUAAAAAAAUGGAGAACUGAAAUUUGUUUUCAGUCAAAGACACAUUAAUUAUGACAAAGUUUGUCUGAUGGAAACUGCAGUUACAAGCCUGACUGGGAUGUACUACAAAAGGAGGGUUGAUUACAAAAAAAAUGUUACUGUGACAUGAGGAAGAAAUUAAAAAAGAAAACAAAAACAA